CUUGGGGUAGGUAACACUAACACACUAGAAUAAGACUAGCUAGUGUUCUUAACUUAUAAAAAAUGUCUCUCUAUCAGACUCUUUGCUUUCUUCUCAUCCUCUCUCUCUGCCAUGGUUCUCACAGCGUCCAACCACGUCGGGCUCCUCAUCUUGAUGGGCUUCUCCCAAAUGGCAACUUUGAGCACAUCCCUCCCAAAUCGAACAUGAAGGGUCGACAAAUAAUCGGCGCACACUCUCUCCCUCACUGGGAAAUCUCCGGCCACGUGGAGCUAGUCUCCGGUGGGCCUCAGCCCGGAGGAUUCCAUUUUGCAGUCCCACGUGGGGUCCACGCUGUAAGACUAGGAAGCUUAGCUUCCAUCUCUCAAGACGUUAAAGUGAAUCGUGGUUUUGUCUACUCUAUAACGUUUGGAGCCACUAGGAGUUGCGCUCAGGACGAGAACAUCAAAGUCUCUGUGCCGGGUCAGGCCGACGAGCUUCCCAUCCAGACCGUGUUUAGCUCAGACGGUGGUGACACUUACGCGUGGGCUUUCAUGGCAAUGUCGGAUGUGGUCAAAAUCACUUUCCAUAACCCUGGUGUUCAAGAAGACCGUACUUGUGGACCCCUCGUAGAUGUUGUCGCUAUCAAAGAGAUGCUUCCUCUCGGGUACAACAGAGGAGGAAACUUAGUGAAAAACGGAGGCUUCGAGAUCGGUCCACACGUGUUCGCUAACUACUCUAUCGGAAUCUUGAUUCCGGCAAGAAUCCAAGACCUUAUCUCUCCACUUCCGGGGUGGAUCGUCGAGUCCUUAAAACCGGUGAAGUAUAUUGACAACCGUCACUUCAAGGUUCCGUCUGGACUCGCCGCCGUUGAGCUUGUUGCCGGAAGAGAAAGUGCAAUCGCUCAGAUCAUCCGUACCGACGCCGGGAAGGCAUACAUUCUCUCGUUCACGGUGGGAGACGCGCAAAACGGCUGCCACGGGUCGAUGACGGUGGAGGCGUUUGCUGGAAAAGAACCGUUUAAGCUUUCUUUGGUGUCGGAAGGUAAGGGAGUUUUCAAAACCGGACAUUUUAGGUUUGUUGCGGAUUCGGACCGUACUAGGCUAACGUUCUAUAGUGCGUUUUAUCAUACUAAGCUUCAUGACUUCGGACAUCUCUGUGGACCUGUUCUUGAUAGUGUUGUUGUACUCCCAGCCCAUUAGAGCAGCAUUAUCCCUAAAACUCACAUUGUGGUUUCUUAAAUUUAUUUUUUUUGUCUAACUAAAAAAAAAAAAAAAUUAAAAAGCGUACCAAUUACGGGCCGUCACGUGUCGGUGGGACCUGCAAACAGUGCAAAGAACCAAUAACGAUCGAUCCUUAUCUGAAGCCUUUUGAGACCGGUUUUUAUGUUUUCUGUGGGGUCCAAGGGUUAAAAACCCCUUUAAUAUCCUGAGUUGUUGAUGAUCUAACAAUUGUGGUUCUUUGCUUCA